AUUAUUAGAACUUCCCACUUAUCUGACUACAAACAUGAUCAGGUCUUGCAAUCUUCAUGAUCUCUCAGGAGUUCCAUACAAAGUUUGUUCCUAGACUCAGAACAGAGCUGGUCUGUAGGGAUGGGGCCGAAACGCUGAAACAGCGCAGCCGGUGGUGUGUUUUCGGGGGAGUUGGUCGCUGACAGCAUGAGAUAAGAUGGAUAAAAAGACGGCGACGGAUUGUUGUGAGGCUGAAGACGAUGAAUGUCCGGACUCGGAAGUUUUCUGUUUGAUGAGAGUCGGGAAGAACUUAGACUGGCUUCGCCUGGUCGAAAACACAGAGAUCACCAUUGGACGUGGUGUGGAUGUAACCUACCAGCUGCUGUCUCCGACCUGUCCCCUGAUGAUUUCCAGACUGCACUGCACUUUCAGGCAAAGUGAAGACGGCCACUGGACGGUGACAGACAAGAAGAGUCUCAAUGGUGUGUGGGUAAAUGGAAAUCGCCUGCCAGCCGAUGAAGCCCAUCAGCUCAGGCUUGGAGACUCCAUACAGCUUGGAGUUCCUGUAAUUGGAAACAAAGCGGAGUUUGACUACAUCCUCGUCCAGCGGCCCCUCAGAGACAUUAAACUGUACCUGGCAAAGAGACAGAGAGUGAGCUCUAAAUCAGCCCACGUAUCCAAGAAGCCCAAGAGGAAAUUGACCGUGGAAGAAGUGGAGCCGUCUACCUCGAAGCCCAAGCUCUAUCGCUGCUCUUCUGCAGACAAGUCCUUUGCAGCGCCCUGCCCUUUAUCUCCACUGAAAGGUCAGCAGGAACUCAGUCGCGCACAGCCAGCGGGAACUGGACCUGGGAGAGAAGUCCAACAGGUAGAACAGCCCUCAGAUUGCUCCAGCACGACAUGUGACCUGGACAACUUGCAAAUGUACAGUCAGAACAUUCUGCUCUUAAGGGAGCAGGUGGAUGACACCCAGAGGCAGGUUGCUUCCCUGGAGGGGGAGCCCCAACAGGCUGACCCACUCAGAGGGGAGCAGGUCAGGGAGCUGCGGGGUCAGCUAGAUGCACUCAGAGCUAAAAUGCACAGGAUGGAGACAUUAGAGAAGUCUUUCAGUGAGAGCAAGAGGCAGCUAGAGGAACAGAAAACGCAGCAACAGGAGGAGCUUCUAAAAAAGCAGCUUGAAGAGGCCCUGCACGAACAAAAGAAAGUGAUAGACGAACUUGCGCUCUCCCGACAAGGCUUUGAAGAGAUUCUCUUAGCCAAAAAUAAAGAGCUGGAGGUGACAAAGGAGGAAAAGGAAAAGGCAAGGGCCCAGAAAGAGGAGGUAGUUACACAAGUGACUGAAGUGUUGGAGAACGAGCUUCAGUGCAUCAUCUGCUCAGAGCUCUUCAUCGAGGCGGUCAUCCUGAACUGCGCUCAUAGUUUCUGCUGUUACUGCAUCAAGCAGUGGCGCAAAAAGAAAGAUGAGUGUCCCAUCUGCCGGCAAGCCAUUCAGUCUCAGACCCGCUGUUUGGCGCUGGACAACUGCAUCGACCGUAUGGUGGAAAACCUGAGCCUGGACAUGAAGGCGAGGCGGCAGACCCUCAUCACUGAGAGGAAAGAUAAGCAAGUUCUUGACCAUCACGUCAUCAGAUCAGCAGCUGACUCUGUAGAGGUGAUGGUGAUCCACGAUGACGACAGCAGCAGGAGCAGCGACAGCGGCAGCGACGGCAGCAUGGUGUCCGUAGAUAGCAACCUCAGCUCCGUGUUCUCUGUGGACACGGACAGCAGCAUCCAUUUGGAGUCGAGCUCUCUGUACAGCGGAUACUCUGAUGACAGUUCAGAUGAAGAUGAGGAUUAGCCCCGUUUCUCCUCUGGGCUGUAAUGUGAAUUAGACUUUUUUUGCUGUUGAGUUUUGCCUUUCCGUGGAAUGUUCUCGGGACAUUUAGGAUAGAGUAUGCAAAGUUCAAUCUCAUCAUGAGUCCAGUGAGGUUUAUAUUUGUCUCGCUCUCUUUUGUUUUUGUAAAAUAAUCAUUUGUGGUGUUGUCUUUCCUU